UAGUGUGAAGAGAGAUUUUAGAGUGUGUGAGCUCCUACAACCGAGGCAGUAUAAUGUUUGGCGAGGAAGGUGGACUUGUUGGUGGCGCCGAGCUGCUGUUACUGUGAAACACACUCAAAAUGCAGGCAGAGAACUGUAACUUGCCUAGUGAUCCUGCAGCACCAGACUUCAGUGAAGAGGCUGAGAAUGCAGUCUCUCGUGUAUAUUCCCCCAAGCGUGAAGGAAGUCAAAAAACAUGUGUAUUUGAUGAGGACAUGGUAACCACUGAAAUGCUGGCUGAAGAGGAGAAAUUGGAAGCAGCUAAUGUAAAAGAAGAAGAAAGGAUACGUUUGCAAUUAGAAGAACGAAAACGUGAAGAGAAACAGUUGCAAGAACAGAGGUAUAAGCGGUUGAUGCAUCUUUUGAAUAAAUCUGAAUUCUACAGUAAAUUUCUCUUGCAACAAAUUAAAUCUCAAGAAGCCAUAAAGAAGAGUAAGAAGAAUUCAAAAUGUAAAGGACAUCCGGACAUUCGUAUUACUGACAAAGAAAACCUCGAAUCUGAAGGAAACAGUUCUCAAGAAUCAUCAAAGGGAAGUAAUAGGAAACGUAAGCUUAAUGGUGAAUCAAUUGGCAAGCAAGGGAAGCGGCUCAGGAAUAGCAAGUACAACAUUGGCGAUGUUAUUGACACUGAUACUGUAAAAGCAAAGAUGGAAUCAGGUUCCUUCACCGAGGAAGAGGAGAGUAUUGGACGUGAAGAUCAGCCUCGCCUGUUUGAAAAUGGCACCAUGAGACCCUAUCAGUUGGAUGGCUUUUCAUGGCUCACGGUUCUGUUUGAAAAUGGUGUCAAUGGAAUUCUUGGAGAUGAGAUGGGUUUGGGUAAGACUAUCCAGUGCAUUGCACUUAUCUGCCAUCUAGUAGAGCAAGGUGUGCCAGGUCCUUUCCUUAUUUGUGGUCCAUUGUCUACACUUCCUAAUUGGAUGUUGGAGUUCGAGAGAUUUGCCCCCAAGAUACCAACAUUGCUGUACCAUGGUCAAGAUAUUGUGCGCAUACAGAAGAGAAGAAAAAUUCAAGCUCGGGUGCCAGUGGAGGGUGCCCCGGUUCCCGUUUUCCCUGUUGUUAUCACAUCCUAUGAGGUUGCUAUCCGUGACACAAGAUACUUGAACAAAUUCCAGUGGCGCUACAUUUGUGUAGAUGAAGGCCAUAGGCUCAAGAACCAUAAAUGUCGUCUCACAAAGUCGCUAAACACUUUUCCUACAACAAAUCGUCUGCUGCUGACCGGAACACCACUACAGAAUAAUCUUGCUGAGCUUUGGGCUCUUCUGAACUUUUUAAUGCCAGAGAUUUUUGACUCUCUAGAUGUUUUUGAGUCUUGGUUUGAUGUGACAGACAUGAUGGAGAAAGGAAGUAAUGAGAAGAUCAUUCAGCAGGAGAAAGAAAAACAUGUUAUUUCAACUCUUAUGAAGAUUUUAAGUCCAUUCCUCUUGCGGCGAGUAAAAAAGGAUGUGGAUAUUGACAUUCCGCCUAAGAAGGAAUUGUUGGUUUACACACCUAUGACUCCUCUGCAGGUGAAGCUGUAUGAGGCAACCCUCACUUCAAACAACGAACUGUUCAAUAACUUGAAGAAUUCAGAACAAGAAACUAGCGAGUACACUGAAAAAGGUCGUCCCAAGCGUAAGUCUCGGGCCAUCACGGACUUAUCAGUGUUUAUGAAAAAUAAAAAAGAUGACUCCUCAUCAGAUACAUCAUUAGACAAAUUCAUUGAGGCAGUGAGGAAAUUCCAUGAGAAACCUGCACAGAAAGAAGUCGAGAAAACUUCUCUGGUAAGAAUUAAAAUGCAGAACAAAAUGAUGCAGUGUCGAAAAAUUGUAAAUCAUCCCUACUUGAUAGAUUAUCCUCUGAACAAAGAUGGCACAUUUAUGGUGGAUAAUGGCCUUUUGGAAGUGUGUGGUAAACUGCAAGUUCUAGAUCAACUAUUAGCUGAACUGUACAAGCGUAAACAUCGUGUUUUGAUUUUCUCUCAGAUGACCAUGAUGAUGGAUAUUCUUGAAGAUUAUCUCACCCUCAGACCACAAUAUAAGUACAAACGUCUGGAUGGUGCAAGUGCCCUAGAAGAUCGCCAGAGUGACAUCAAGGAAUUCAAUGAUAAAAACUCAUCAGAUUUUCUAUUUUUGCUGAGCACACGUGCUGGUGGACUUGGGAUUAACCUUGCUACUGCUGAUACUGUUAUCAUUUAUGACUCAGAUUGGAAUCCCCAGUGUGAUCUACAAGCUCAAGACCGCUGUCAUCGAAUUGGCCAGACAUCUCCUGUUUUGGUUCUGCGUCUCGUAACUGCAUCUACUAUAGAUGAGCGGGUUGUUGACCGUGCUGCAACAAAACGAAAAUUGGAAAAGCUAAUAAUUCAAUCUGGAAAGUUCAAGUCGGCUAAACAGAGUGACCGGGUAUUUGAAAAAGUGAUGGAUGAAGAAGAAUUGAUUACCUUGCUUAAGGAGAGAGAUCAUGAGAGAAUACACAGAACUACAACUGGAAAUGUUUUCACGAAGGAAGAGCUGAAUCGGCUGCUUGACCGCAGUGAUCUGAUAAAGAAAAAACGCAGUGGAAAGGAAACAAAUGAGCAGGCACUCAAUGGAGUGUUUCGAGUUGUAAAUGAAGAUGACUCGUAGAGCACCAUGACUUGUGUGUUUUUAAAAAUGAAGAUCUGAACCUAAAUUAAACAAAAAUUAAUGACUUUAAAAGUACUAUAGUGAAUUAGUUGUCAGUUGACAUUUUUCAGUGUUGAAAAUUUCCCUCAUUUGCUGCCGCUGUGUGUAACGGUGGGCUUUCUUGAGGUUACAAUUAUUACAACUUUAAUUUAUAUUGCUAAUACUUGUGAUUUAUAUUUUUCCUGGUACCAUUAUCCUCUUAUGUUAAAAAGAUCCUUUUCUUAUCUUACAUAAUAUUUCUGGUCAACACAUGUGUAAUUCAACAAUAAACUAACAUAAAACCCUGGUAAAUUAAUUUUUUUACAUAUGAACUUCAGAAAUUUUUCAUGUGUAAUAACUGAUGUAGUGACAUUGUGCUCAGGCCGAGUUAACCGAGUGUAGUCUCAAGUUUCCACACAGCCAACCUGCAAUUUAAAGGCCAGUAAGUUUACUUUUUGUAUAUUGGGUUUAUUAUAUAAAAGAAUGUAAGCCCAACAUUAAAACUGAAAUUUGAGCACCAUUAUCCUAAGAAAUACUGGCCCCCUCUGUUUAUGAAUUUAAUCCGUUCCCAGGGACAGUUCAUAAGCUGGAAAUUCGCAACCUAAAACAAAUUUUCCAUAAGAAAUAAUGUCAAUUGAAUUAAUCCGUUCCACACUCCCAAAAAUAUUAACUUCAAAAUACAUUUCAUACCUAAUUCACAGAAAUAUUUAGUACUAUAAUAUGUACAAGUUAUAGCUUACUUUCAUUGAUGACUUGUUGGCAUAUGGAAGACAGUGAGGAGAGGGGUGGAGGAGAGGUGUUAGUGUUUGUAAGGGGGAGUUCCCUUCUUUUUAACAUAUCACAUUGUCAUUUAAAAGGUCAAUGCCUGCUACAGCUUUAUCCAGGUGAGUUUUUCAACAAAAUUUUUCAGUUCUUCUCAUACUUUACACAUUUUCUUAAUGACGAAGGGACAUCCUCUACUCACAACUAUUUUCUUAGCUUGAAUUUUACCACUGACUUGGAACUCAUGGUGUGACAUAUAAUAAUUACUUUUAUAUUCAAAGACCAAAAAAAAAGCAAAAAAAAAAAAAAAAUGAAAUUCUUUACAAAGAAUUAAAGUGUGAUCGUCACUAAGCAGGAGGCGCUGGUAAACUGAAGCGCGGGCGACCAUGUUUCAUUAUAUGAAGAUUUUGUACAUGUAUAACAUACAGUUGAUUCAUACUGCACAAUCACUCUUGAGAGUGGUGGUAAUGUUGUGAUCCUGGGAGGUUGUACAUUACUAAAAUAUGCAGAAUGCCCUGUGUGCUCUUAUUUAUAUUUCAUGACUCGUUCCCGUUGUUGAAUAAAAAGAGGUAGCAGAAAGAUAUUUUCUUUUUAAUAAUGAUACUGUAAUCUAUAUUCAAUUAUUUUAGCAAAAUGUUUGUUAUUCUUUGCACAGGUGUGAAAGAAACAUGUACAGUAUUUGGCAAGAGCCUGGUAACAUUUCUGUGGCUAGAAAAUGUUAUCGAGGUGUCAGGCGUAGAAUUAAAUUUAUACCUAUUAAUUUUUGUCAUUUGUUUGUAAUAAGGAACAAGCAACAACUUUUCUCUUUGGUUUGUCAUGAUCAACUUGAUAAUUUCUUAUUUUGGGAAAUUUGUUUUAUGGUUGAAGACAUUUCCAAACUUACUUUUUUUUUUACAGCACCAUUCUAUGUAUUUCUUCUGAUGCAUAUGAUAUAAGGAAAAUCUAAUUUUACGUUUUAUGUCUUUAUAUUGGCCAAUGUUCAAAUUCAUCUCGAGUUACUUGCUGGUAAUCACCACCUGGUACCCUUGGCAUUGACCGAUCCUUAGUGCCUUUGGAAAAUGCUUAACGUUUCCAAGUUGUUUUAAUGCAUUCCAUUGAUGUAUGACAGCAGCUGGCAUCACAUUUCCAGUUCUUGCUCUAAAUUUAAAAUGUACCAAAAAAAUUUCAAAGUAUUUUUUGUGGGGUUGAUUAUCCUGUUGAUUAUCAUACUUCAAUAUUAAGUUUCUCUCUUCAAGUAGGGACCCAACCACUUUGGCUGGACGGUAGAGCUACUUUCUCGCUUCCUGCAGGUUGGCGUUAAAUCUCCGACCGUCCAAGUGGUUGGGCACCAUUCCUUUCACCUGUCCCAUCCCAAUUUCAUUUUAAAAUUUUGCUUAGGAUAUAAAUAUUUUUAUACUUUUGUAUAUAGCAUUGAUUUUAAACUACCAUUCAUAAAAUAGUAUUUUGUAUACAAUUUAAACUUAUAUUAAGUACAUAGUGUUUCAAAUACAAAAUUCUUAAUUUCAAAAUACAGUAUAUAUUUAUCAGGUAAUUUUUGAGAAUUUGUAAAUGCAGAUGAGUAACCAUAAUGUAGUUGAAGAUAUGAUAACCGAACUCCACAUCAGAAAAAAAAAAGACAACAUUUCAGUCCUUCGUGGACCAUUAUCAAGUCAUGUUAUAGAAGAGAGGAAGGUACAAGCAAAUACAUUUUCUUAUGCCUUCCUCUCUUCUAUAACAUGUUAAUGGUUCAGGACGGACCAAAAUGUUGAAGUUUUUUCAUUUUCUGAUGUGUGGUUUGGUCAUCAAUUUGUAAAUGUUUAAAAUGCGAUAAAAAUGUAAUAGUUUGAUUUACCUUUACUGUAUUUGUAAGUGAUUUAUAAAAAUUGACUAAAUUUGUUUCUGUUUAUGUCCUAGAUUUUUUUUGUGUAAUCCAAUUUAAGGCAUUUGCACAGCAUUUGAAAUAAAAGCUAAAAACUAUUUAUUAGGAAACAAAAUUUUGUGUUGAUGGAAAUGCAAGGAUGUGUGCCAGCAUUUUCUGCAUUAGUGACCAUUAAUUUUCAAAAUUGUAAAAAAUAUAAACAUGGUAGUUACCUUCAUGUCUAGAGUUGUACAUUUAUAAGUGGUUCGUGUUUGGAAAAGGACAUACUUGAAGGACUGUGUAUAUAUAUAUAUAUAUAUAUUUAUAUCAACAUGUCAUAGAUUUCUGUGUUUGAUACCCGUUAUCAGUUGGCAUUCCUCUUUUGUAACUAUUAUUUCUUUAAAUUUAUGUUGAAUAAAUAAUUUCUCGA